AUGGCUACGACGUCGCCGAAAUCACGCUGGACCAUGAAGAAGAAAGUGGUUGUCUACGCACCUGUGUCGGAUGUUUUUUGUUCUGCUAGUCUUCAUGUCAUUCAUGAAAGACAUGUCAACCAAGGAUCUGAAGGAUCUAUUUCUCUUCAUUUCGAGGCCGAUCUUGCUAACCGAAACGGCAGAUCACAGGCCCUUUGGUUGAAUUUUCCCUCAGAAACUGUUAAUAGAUGCGAUUUGACACCGAUAGACUUCCAUAAGAUCCCUUCACCCCGUUUGACUUCAAUGCUCCGGUCAUCUGGCAACAUUCAUUCGACUGUCUCAACUCUAAGUCUGGGACUCUCUGCCAGAGGUACCCUGUUCCAUCCGUCCGACAUAGACUCUCUUCGCCCGGCCACCAACGGAAGGCUGGACUUUCAAGCAUGCGCAACGAUAUGUCAGUCCGAAGAUCUACAUAUAUACUUUUAUGGGCGAGAGUUCGAGAAGAAACAACUCGAUCAACUCGAAAUUUUCUUGGCAGCUUUACAAGGGGGAUCCCUCCGGGCAAAGGUUUUCGACCAUGCUCGACAUGGCCUGGUCCAGGCAGAUUGGCGUGCCUUGAUCGAGUCGCUCGAUCCGCCCCCAUAUUGUGAGCAACAUGUGCCGGAACAGGCACCGGAUGUGCAUCCACCCCUCUAUUACGCAAAGUCUCAGUCUCAGCAGGUGGUUGGAAAACGACGCAGAGGCUCACCGUCGGUGCCAUCUGAAGACGAGAGGCAAAAGAGAUUCCUUCUUUCAUCCCCUUCUAUACUAGAAACCCCCACCGAAGUCAAUACGCCGAGCACUCUGUCCCCGUCACGGUCAAUACGCCCAACUCACUUUACGCAUGCUUGCUCUCCUAGUCGCACGGAGCCUGCCAAACUUGCGCAUCUUGUGCAUGAGCUCCAAGGUGUUUCCGACGGUCUCAUUCGCGAAUUGUUAAUUCAGUCAGGACACGGACAUUUGCUUGCCAAGUCAGAAGUCCUUGACAGUGACCUACCGCGCGAGGCUGAACGAUUCGGCUCUUCUCAGGUGGAAAUGCUUGAACGCCGUCUUACGCAAUAUGUUAACCAGACAAUUGAUCAACGUCUCGACCACAUUGUCAAUAGUGCCGUGGGCGAAUGUCGUGAUCAGGUUUACGACGAAUGCAAAACAAACGAAGCCGAAUUCCGGGAGCAUUUAGACGAUGCUAAUUCCGAGCUUCGCAUUACGGCCAAUGAUUGUAUAGUGGAAGUGCAAGAAGAAGCACAGAAACACAUGCGUGAGAUGGAAGAACAAGCAAAUCAAUAUAUGCAUAGCAUUGAGGACCGGGGAGCUGAGGUCAAGAUAUCUGUGGAAGAUAUGGUCUCAGCCCUCAAGCGCCGGUUCGAUACUUCUGUCCAGUCCGUAAUUAAUGGCAAGUCAAGUCUUGGCCAGGAGCUGGGUACAAAUCCCAGACGGACUUCCAUAUAG